ACUCAAAAAGGUAAAGUUCAUCAAAUUAAGUAAAAUGACCCAAAAAAAUAAUGAAUCGCGUCCGGGCGUAGGAGCGUUGAAAAAUAUGCAGCUACUGAAGAAGGAAAGCACUGUUUUCAAAGUUCCUAAAGUGCCCCCAAAGAAAGUGAUUAAAAAAGCAAAGGUUCUAGAUGAAGAAGACUACGUAGAGGGUAUUGCUAAAAUAAUUCAAAGGGACUUCUUUCCGGACUUGGAAAAGCUAAAGGCACAAAAUGAUUUUCUGGAGGCACAAGAAAAUAGAGAUUAUGCAAGACUUAGGGAACUCACAAGGAAAUACAGUGGAAGUCGGCCACCAACAGAACCAUAUAACUCACCAGCAACAUUUGACACCCCAGGAGUGGACAGACCAUAUUCACCUUCAGUGCAGGAAGGGCAACCUGUCUCAGCCACUGCUGACACCAGUGUGACAGAAAAACCUAAAGAUAUCACUGAAAAUCAUACAUUAGAUUCAUACCUUGCCAGUCACACAAGUGAAGACAAUGCGAGCUACGACCGUGUGAUAGCACUCGAGGACAAGAAACGUGCAACCAAGCUCGUGUCACAGCUACAGUCAGAAAUUACCUCCGCAGCCCUCGCAGACUCCGCACUCGCCUUACCCUCCAUAGAACAACAGGCGGAUCAAACUGAAAGACCAGAAGAGUUGGACACUUGGCGAUAUCGCGCGAAGAACUUCAUAAUGUACGUCCCGGACGGCGCGCUGCAGCCCACGACGCCCAAACCGGAGUUGCAGCACCACAACACUCGCCUGCGCGCGCAGCCGUUCGACUACGCCAAGAACAAGGAGACCAUCAGCGCCUUGGCCAGGAGUCAAGAUGCGAGUAUAAAAGGCAAGAUAGGUGUGGACGGAGUGAGCAUUACGUCCGAAAAGGGUGCGGGCGCGGAGUACCUGCCCGUGGGCACGCCGUCGCCGCGGCCGGGCGCCGGGCCCGACUGCUCGCCGCUCAUGACGUGGGGCGAGAUCGAGGGCACGCCCUUCCGACUCGACGGCGGGGACACGCCGCUGCCGGCGUUGAGCGCGGGCGCCGCGUACCGCAUGCUGGAGGGAGGCGCACGUGAGCGCAUCGGCCUGCAGCUGGCCGAGCAGGUGGCCAAGCGCCGCAGACCCACCACGCCGCGAACCACCACACCCUCACAUAGUUUCAGAACAAAUACCGAACGUUUGGCGAGCAUGUCGCCGGCAGCGCGGAAGUUGGCGGCGAAACAUUUGCUGUCUCCAAGACUCAAGCUGACUCCCAACGACAUGGGGAUUUCCCACACGACCCCUAAACGAACUCCCACGCUGAAAACACCCUUAGUUGCAACCCCUAAACCUUCCGACUGCGCCAAAAUUAUGACGUCACAACCCUCAAGCUCCGGCAAUGUGAACAAUAGUACGAAUUUGAUAGAAAACAACAAUAUCACGGAUAACUUACUGCAGAUCAAUGUGGUGAAGAGAACGAGGCUAAAAGCCCAAGAUUUCUUUAAGUGAUUGUUAUUUAAUUAUGUAUCUUAU